CGUAGACGUAGACGCGUAUCGUCGUAGCGCGAGAGCGAGAGACCGGGCGCCGCGCCGCGCGCUCGCACGUUGCCGCCGCGCCGCGCCGCGCUUUUACUAUAUCGCGCCACACGCGCGCCGUGAUCCGCGUACGCGCGCGUCGGGCAUACACGCGCACGACAUUAUAUAUUUAUAUGCAUACACGGUGACCCGCGCGCGGAGAUAAUACAGUGUAAAUGGCGCUCUCGGCGCAGAACCAGUCGACGUCGUACGUGAACUUGUACUACUCGAUCGUCCAGCGUGCGGCGACGCGCUACUUUAAGGAAUAUUACAACUCCGAUACUGGCGCGCCCUACGUAUUGUACAAAGAUAACAUGGAGAGACCCCAGGGUCAGUGGGGCCCGGGGCCGGGAUCUCUCCAGGACGGUGGACUGUACCCGCAGCAGCAACAGCAGCAGCAGCAAGGUUCCUCCUCGUCGGGAAGCCCACAGCAGGCCUGUGGACCUCCGGUCGAGGGCGGCGAAAGCGGUCCCCCGCCCUCGUUAGCCUCGCCCGUGCCCUCACCAUAUCCUUCGGCGCCUCCCGAGCCACAAUCCUUGACUCCGCCGGACGAUGACAUACAGUCGAGUCAAGCCACGUCUCAGCAACAGCAGCAGCAGCAGCAGCAACAACAGCAGCAGCAGCAGCAGCAGCAGCAACAGCAAACUCAACAGCAGGUCCAGCAGCAGCAGCAACAACAGCAGCAACAACAGCAGCAGCAGCAAGUUCAACAACAACCUCAGCAGCAACAACAAACGCAACAGCAAGAUCACUCGCCGCAACAACAAUUGACUCCUCACGCAGAUGUGGAUCGCAGCGAUUGUUUUCCCGGUGCCGGGGAGCUGCAACAAUAUCCGCAGCAUUAUUUCAAAGACGCCCGGCCGCACCCUUCACCGUCCGUGCCGCCGCAUAUGCUCACGCCCGGCGGCUUCUCCGCGCUGCACUAUCUCAAGCAACCCGGAGUAAUGCUGACGUCUCUCGGCCAAGGUGACGGCGGGCCCGGUCUGGACGCGCAUCAGUACGCGAGUCCGGGCGCGCCGAACAUGACGACCGGACUGCCUGACAUCGUGCAACAGAGCGGCAAAUCGUCCAAGGCUGGCAACAGCGAUCUACGUCUGUUCAAGUGCUUGACCUGCGGCAAAGACUUUAAGCAGAAGUCAACUCUGCUACAGCACGAGCGGAUCCACACGGACAGCCGGCCGUACGGGUGUCCAGAGUGCGGCAAGCGGUUCCGUCAACAAUCCCAUCUCACGCAGCAUCUGCGCAUACAUGCUAACGAGAAGCCGUACGCUUGCGUAUACUGCGAGCGUACGUUCCGACAGCGUGCCAUCCUCAACCAGCAUCUGCGCAUCCACUCGGGUGAGAAGCCAUACCAAUGUCCGGAGUGCGGAAAACACUUCCGUCAGAAGGCGAUCCUGAAUCAGCACGUCCGCACACACCAAGACGUGAGUCCGCACCUAAUCUUCAAGAACGGAAUGACGCCGACCCUCUGGCCGCAAGACGUUCCCUUUCCACCCGAAGAGGGUAAGGAGGAGGUAGCGUCGACAUUCGGCGACACGGACACGCAGUCGGGCGCGUUCAGUCCGGCGCCGGACGCCAAUUCCAUCCAGUACCCGGCGUACUUCAAAGACCCAAAGGGCGGCAAUCACGCGGUCUUUGGCGCAGGUGGCUCGGGCAGCUUUGGUGCCUUGCAGUACAUCAAGCAGCAGGGUGGCACGAAGAGCUGUCUACCUGACGUGAUACAGCACGGCCGCUCGGCCGGUAUGCCGCUGUACGUGCGUUGUCCGAUAUGUCAAAAGGAGUUCAAGCAAAAGUCCACGCUGCUGCAACACGGGUGCAUACACAUCGAGUCGCGGCCGUAUCCUUGCCCGGAGUGCGGUAAGCGAUUCCGGCAACAGUCCCAUCUCACGCAGCAUCUGCGCAUCCACACGAACGAGAAGCCGUACGGCUGCGUGUACUGCGGACGGAACUUCCGCCAACGCACGAUCCUAAAUCAGCAUCUGCGUAUACACACCGGCGAGAAGCCUUACAAGUGCCAGCAGUGCGGCAAGGAUUUCCGUCAGAAGGCGAUCCUGGACCAGCACACGCGCACUCACCAGGGCGACCGGCCGUUCUGUUGCCCGAUGCCCAACUGCAGGCGGCGCUUCGCCACCGAGCCCGAGGUGAAGAAGCACAUCGACAACCACAUGAACCCGCACGCGGCGAAAGUGCGCCGGAACUCGAGCGGCGACACGAAGCCGCCCGGCACCCCGGCGGGCUUAGGCCCGGUACCCGUGCCGCGUGGCCUCACACCAACGGUCGUCAAGCCGGAGCUCUACUUCCCGCAGUGCUACGCGCCCGCGUUCAACCACCAGCCGCCGGUCUCCACCGCACAGUUUCCCGGCGCCCAGGCGAACGGCGUCUCCGUAACCGGCGAAUUCAAGCCACCGACCGGUCUGCCGCCGCAGUGACUAACCGUCCAUCCUGCCGCCUACUAGCAAGCAGGAAUCCCCGCGCUGAGGUUUCAGCGCUGUUUCGCCGGUCCCGCCGCGUUGGAGGCCGACGCAACGUCGAACGCCAUCGCCGCCGCCGCCGCCGUCGCCGCGUCCCGAUGCGGCCAGCAGCCGAUCCAGCAACACUACCCGUGACAUUUAUCAUUGUGCAUUUACUAGAGUCUCCUUUAUUUUCGUCGUUUCAUAACUCGCUCGCUCUUCUUGUUGUUCCAUCGGGACAAGUCGCACAGCUAGUCUUGAGCUCGACGGUGAGAACGACGGUUUGGUCGCGUCUAACGCGAAUAUCCGAGAAACAUCGCGGAAACAUCGUGCGUUACCCGAUCGUUAUCCGGUCCUCUCGACCUUGUUAACUGUCGGAUAAAAUUAUCUCCGAGAGAAAACCGCUUUUCUAUAUAUACAUAUAUAUAUAUAUCUCUCUCUCUCUGAAUCGUAGCGCGCCGGCUGUGAUGUAAAUAGAGAGAUAUAAAUUUCGGAGAUCGUUCGGGUACUUGUUUGACAUGUGUCUUGGAUUUUCGCGUUGUUUGUCAAGCAGGAGGAUAACGGGGGGGUCUCCCGGUCACGUACGCUGAAUGAAAUCGCGAAAAGACGACAAUCCCUGGUUAGGGAUUAUUGGCUGUCGUUGCGUUGUUAUUACCGUGUAACGAACGACGAUGCGAUCGUACUUGCUCAGGUAUUAUCAAUCGGUCAUUCGCGAUCACUCAAACUCGUAGUAAAUUUUUACGACACACACACACACACACACACACGUUUUCUUUUUUAUGGUGUACACGAUCGUGACGCAAUGUGUUCGUUACCUUCUCGCGGUCGUCCGUUAUUUUCCACUCUUCAGCGCGUUGGAUCAGAUCUUGGGACCCUUUAGGGAUCCCAAGAUUAAUGCUUCGUUAUUGUUGGCGCACAUCAAUGACAGUCUAUAUAGUUAAUCCGCCAGCACACGCAAAUACCGAUUCCCGCUGCGAUCCGCAUCUCCAAGUCGUCGAUCUCGCACGAAGGACAAACGACGUGAGGGAGACACGGGGAAAGCUCGGAAAAAGCGGCUGCCGCUCACCGUCGAGUUUCUCACUAGCCAGACCAAGGUAAAGUAAACCAACGAAGAGUCUCGUCUAUUCCUCCGUACGUAUUUUUUAUAAUUAAUCGAUUACGACGUACCUUCUCGCGUUUCUUUCGUGGACAAGCGAAUAGCACGAGAGUUCGGGGCUUAUCUCGCGCAAGAUCGUUGGCGAAUUCAAAGAGAUUGACAAGAGAGAAUUCCCGCGAAUCCCUCUGAAUCCGCCUAUCUUUUCUCGCGGGAUGGUGCACGCGUCGCCCGGGGCGCUAUCGCUCACCGUUCAAGAUGCCACGUAUCGCCAAACGGGUUGAAGAUGUUCGAUUUCGACCAGACUAAAACGAUUGUGAUACAAUAUUUAACUUGCCUAUGUUUUAAAAGUUUUGCGGGAGAGAAAGUGGGAAAGAAAGAGUGAGUGGACGAGUGAAUGAGAGUGAGAAUGAGAUAAAUAUAUAAAUAUAUAUAUAGAAAGGGAGAGACACAGAGAGAGACAUAUAUGUUGUGCUUCUUACGGAGAGGAGCGCUUACAUGACCACGAGAAGAAUACCUGUAAAUAUGUAAAGCCGUUCACUCCAACAAAAGAAGAAGUAGAAAGACGAGGAGGAGGAAAACAGACGAAGGAGAAAGGAGAGAAGCAUGCGAGCGCGUGCGAAUGAGACCGAGCGUGAAUGAGACGAAAAAAUAAAGCGUACGACUGACAAUGAGUGAGAGGAUAGGAGAAAAAUGACACAGGGGGGGGGGGUUGGGGCGGAAAGGCGGGGAAGGCAGAUAUGACGAACAGAAGGAAGAAGAUACGAGAGAUUAUAGGUAGAAUUUACGAGAACGACGCAUCCUCCCACUGUGCUGAGCCAUAGCUUUCGGUAGAUCGAGUUGCGAAACGACGACGAUGACGACGAUGAUCCGUGAUAGCACAACAGGAACGGAGAAAUGGAAAAGGGGGGGGGGAGGAGGAGGGUGCGAUUUCUUGUAUACUAUAGUAAUAUUUGAAUGUAUAUUUAUACAGGUUAUAUUAUAUUCUAACUAUAUGACGAUAUUUUGAAUCAGUUUUAAAAUCAGAUUGGUGCUGAUGAAAGAAAACUAGAUAAGCGAGAGUACGAAAACCAAGAGGAGGGAACGUGGAAGAAGGCUGAGACACCGUAGAAGUUAGCGUUUAAGUAGCGUAGACGAUAGCGUAGCUCAAAGUAAAAAAAAGACUUUGAAGGACCGCGCUCGCACGGGGUCCGCUCACAUCUCGGAGAAUUAUCAUUAUCACUUAAAAAGAAAAAGGGGAAAAAAGGAAAGGAUAAGAAAAAGGAAAAACAAUUCGUGGCAAUAUUUAAAUGAAGAGUAAAAAUGGAAGAAGAGGGGGGGGGAGGGGAGGGAGAAGGCUUCAAUGUAUUAGAGAAUAAUCUUUUAAAAUUUCUAUAUUAAGACGUGUGUGAUCUCUCUAAUUACUGUACAUUACGUAAUGAGUCUAAAACUUAGACGGCGAGAUGCGUUAGUAUAAUUACGAUUACGUAUUAGGUACGUAUUAGGUGUUCUACAAUUAGUCUUUUGUCAUUUAGAGACACAGAGAUCUGAAGAUGAUAAUUGCGCGGCCAUAUUCUCUGUGGCCUGUUCGUAGUGCCUCGGAAUUGCUGCUCGCGGCAGUGAUUUGACCGUAUUUUUAGGAAGGUAUAUUAUAUUGAAGAACCGCAAUUUAAAAAAAAAUAUUAUACUCUCCAAUAUACAAUAUUUAAAAAAAAAA